GAUCACAAAAAUAUUUACUUAUCUACUUUAUAUUAAAAGCCUGAACCAAUUGUGUAUGCAAACCUUUAACACUUGUGAUUGCUUUAAGGUUUAUGUUAGGCGUUCAUAUAUGUGUCAAGGAAGGGCGUUUCCCUUUUUUUUAUUACAAGCUGAACUGUCAAGAAUCAACAUCGUUUUUCAUUUUAUCCCGAUUAAAUCCUAUUCAUGGGCCUGGAUCGAAGCCGGAUGAUUACCACAACAUAGAUUCAAGGAUUAUAAGCUAAUUAAGUAAUAAGUGGAGUCAAUCGAGAAAAUAAGGAUUGGAUGUGAAGUGAAGCAAGCCAACAAAGUUGAGAGUGUAUGGUCAGGGACAUUGGAAGAUAAUCCAAAUUAUUAUUGCUGUUCCUUGGUAUAAGUAAUAUAAACCCAUCACUCGUAAGGUAUUAAGUAUUCAACUUAUAGUAAGUAAGUUCAGAAGGUUGACUACAUCUGCCUUCCAUCAUGUCUGAGGAGAAAGAAUUAGUUAAAAAAAGAGGAAGUUAUAAAGGUCGCCUUACCCAGUUCAUUAACUAUUUCAAUUCAUUGCAGUCUGAUAAGCUGAAUGUUGAUAAUGCCAGUGAGUUACAAUUGCGGGUCAAUAAAUUAGAGAAUGUUUUUGAUCAAUUUGACAAGAUCCAAACAUCAUUGGAGUGUAUUACUGAUGAUAUGGAUACACAUUUACAAGAACGCAAUACAUUUGAGUCACAGUAUUAUAAAUAUGUGUCUAAAGCCAAACAAAUGAUAGAUGAAUGGAAACAGAGCAAGGCAGAGUCUCGCGCCAAUAACCAUAAGCUCGUUAAGUUGCCCAUCAUUCAAUUGCCCAAAUUCAGUGGUUCUUAUAACACCUGGCUAGAGUUCCGUGAUACCUUUGUCAGCCUGAUUCACUCAAAUGACGAUAUCGAUGAAAUAAACAAGUUUCAUUAUCUAAGAGCAUCAUUAGAAGGUACCGCUGCGGUAGUCAUUCAGUCAAUUGAUUUUUCAGCUGAAAAUUACAAUGAUGCGUGGACACUUUUACGCGAACGAUUCGAUAAUAAACGGUUAUUAGUUCAACAUCACGUAUCAGCGUUGUUUAGCAUUGAGACUAUAACAAAAGAGUCGUCGGUAGUUUUCAAGCGAGUUAUUGACCAAGUUAAUAAAAAUAUUCGUGCCUUAAAGUCUUUGGGCGAACCAGUCGAGUACUGGGACACACUUUUGAUUCAUAUAAUCACUCAAAAAUUAGACCCCAAGACAUUCCGUGAGUGGGAGGAAUUCAAAGGCGGAUUAAAAGAGUCCAUUAAACUAAAAUCAUUUCUUGAAUUUAUACGCAAUCGUGCCGAUUUAAUAGAAACUCUGGAAUUCUCCCAGUCGCGGUCCACUCGCAGUAAUCAAAACCAAACUGUCCCUGCGAAACAAACCAAAAUUAAGACUAUGGUCGCUGUUCAAGAGGCUGAUAACAAUUCUGGGUCAACAAAAUUAUGUCCUAAGUGUAAUGAUGAACAUAACCUUUCAAAUUGUUCACAGUUUCUUGCCUUGAGCAAUGAAGCCAGGUUAGAAACUUUACCAAGUUUUAAAAUUUGUUUCAAUUGUUUCAACAAAGGUCAUUUUGCCAAUCAUUGCAAAAAAGCUGGAUGCAAAAUAUGCAAACGUAAACAUAAUACUCUCAUUCAUUUGACGGAUUAUAAAUCAAAGCGCGCUAGCUCAGGGUCAGAUCUCCAACACAGUCAGCCCUCGCCACCAUCUGCGAACGGAACCGGUAGUGGUGUUGUUUUAUCAGCGAGUGUUAAGUCUCCGAAGCAACUUGUUCACCAUGAAGUGUUGUUAUCCACUGCGCUUAUUAAGGUGCACGACAAAUGCAAUCGCGAAAUUGUUGCACGCGCUGUACUGGACAGCGGGAGCACCUCGUGUAUUAUGACGGAGGAUAUGUGUAACAAGUUAAACUUAGAUGUUAGCGAGAUAGACAGGUCAUUGGUGGGCGUGAAUAACGUGUUAUCCCACGUAGGCAAAAUGUGUCGGACUUCAAUCACUUCAUUAAAUGAUGAAUACAAAGCUGACAUUCAGUGCUUCAUUUUGCCAUCAAUAACGAGUAACGUACCAUCUCAACAAAUCGACUUGUCACAGUUUGAAAUCCCGUCAAAUGUUUGUCUAGCUGAUCCAAACUUCCACUCGCCUGCUGGCAUUGAUAUGAUAUUAGGUGCUGACAUAUUUUGGGACCUAGUGGGACCUCAAAGAAUUAAGUUAGGCGUCGGCACACCUAUGCUUUGUGAGUCCAGACUCGGUUGGUUAGUGUGCGGUCCGACCGCACUGAUUCAAUCUUCGCAUAUUAAAUGCAACUUUGUCAAUGUUAAUACCGAUCCUGUUGAGAUGUUGAAUGACAACAUUCAAAAUCAGAUGACACAAUUCUGGAAGCUCGAAGAGGUUUCCAAUGCAUGCCAAUAUUCUCAAGAGGAAACGUUAUGCGAGGAUCAUUUUGUUGAGAACACGACUCGAAUGCCCGAUGGUCGCUUUUGCGUCAAAAUUCCUUUAAAACAAAGUCCAGAUUUGUUAGGGGAUUCUGUCGAACGCGCUAAACGUUGUUUUCUCUCUUUAGAGCGAAGGAACAAAGCUCGUCCAAAUUUUGAUAAGAUGUAUAAGGAUUUUAUGAGAGAGUAUAAUUCUUUAGGUCACAUGUCUCAGGUGUCAAAUGAUGCAUUAAUCCGAAAUGGAUAUUUUAUUCCACAUCACGGUAUUCUGCGCGAAAAUAGCCUCACCACAAAAUUAAGAGUGGUGUUUAAUGCCAGUAGUUCAACCACUAGCGGACUUUCGCUUAACGACAUCCAGAUGGUUGGACCUACUGUGCAAGAUGAUCUCUUAAGCAUACUUCUCCGCUUUCGCCAGCAUAAAUACGUAUUAGCCGCAGACGUGGAAAAGAUGUAUAGGCAGGUUUCUGUUCACCCUGACGAUAGACAUCUUCAACAAAUUAUUUGGCGCGACGAUGCCACUGAACAACUCAAAGUGUUUCAAUUGAACACAGUGACCUACGGCACAGCUAGCGCCCCUUUUCUGGCGACACGAUGUUUAAAGCAAGUGGGCAUUGAGUGUAAAGACAGUAGAGUCUCAAACAUCAUUAUUCAUGACUUUUAUGUCGAUGAUUUAUUAACCGGUGCUGACAACUUGGAUGAUGCCAAAUACAUUCGCAAGGAAGUGACAUCGGAGCUCAAUAAUGCUUGUAUGAAGUUACGCAAAUGGAAAUCGAAUGAAUCCGAAUUAAUGUCAGAGACUCCAUGUCCUUCACUUGAUUUAAACAUUGGUAGUUCAGAGCCUAGCAAAACACUUGGGUUAGGUUGGAUGACACAGUCAGAUGAGCUCUGUUUUCCAGCAGGUCCGUCCCCUCCGCUUGAAUACACAAAGCGUGAGAUGUUGUCAAUCAUAUCCCAAAUCUUUGACCCCAUGGGUUUGCUAGCUCCCUCAGUAAUUCAAAUGAAAAUGCUGCUACAAAAACUUUGGCUCCGAAAACUGUCAUGGGACGAAAAAUUACCGACAGAGAUCAACGUUGUAUGGGCAGAUUUUGUUAAGAGCUUAUCUCAUUUAAACCAACUUCGCAUUCCACGUCGUCUUGUCUGUGACAAUUAUCAAACAGUGGAGUUUCAUGUAUUUGCUGAUGCCUCUGAGCGGGCGUACGGCGCUUGUUUAUUCGUUAGAAGUGUCGGCAGGAAUGGGGAGAUCUUAGUGCGACUAUUAACAGCUAAGAGCCGAGUUGCACCGUUGAAACCCACCACCAUUCCUAGACUCGAGCUAUGUGCGGCUUUAGUCGGAGCUCGGCUUUAUGAGAAGGCUGUCAAGUCACUACGACUUCAAGUGUAAAAGGUCACAUUUUGGACUGACUCCAUGAUAGUACUAGGGUGGCUGAAAAUGUCACCAAACAAAUUACAUACGUUUGUUAGGAACCGUGUUGGUGACAUUCUAGAGAGCACUUGCACUGGUACAUGGAGACAUGUUCCUACUGACAAAAACCCAGCAGAUUACAUAUCUCGCGGCGUUGACUUGAAGUCAAUUCAGUCCUUACAGGAAUGGUGGCUAGGUCCUAGCUUCCUUAAGGAAGACGAAUCAUUAUGGCCAGUUACUCCGCAUUCUGACAAAGUCUUGCCAGAAUUGCGUCCAGAGAUUACAUUGCAUUCCAAUGAUAACUUGAGCCCCAGUUUUAUUGAGUUUAAUCGAUUCUCACAAUUUUUACGAUUAAAACGUGCAGUUGCAUAUGCACUACGUUUCAUUAAAUUAUGCAGAAAAGAAACUGUGUCCACCAACUACAUUAGUAACUCGGAAUUACAAGAUGCAUUGAAGCUAAUAAUCAAAAUUUCUCAAAAAGAAUCAUUUCCAGAGUAUACACUUUUAUUAAAUCAACAACCGUUACCAAAGAAAAGUCAAUUACUUAAAUUUAACGUUUUCUUGGACGAUGAUAACAUCAUGCGUGUUGGUGGCCGAUUAUUUAAUUCACAGUUUUCUUAUGAUAAAAAGCACCCUAUUAUAAUACAGUCCACACAUCAUUUCACAAAGCUAUUGUUUAAUUAUGAACAUUUAAAACUUAAGCACGCAGGUCCCCAAUUGCUAUUGGCCUCAAUUAGAGAGAUGUAUUGGCCAAUUGGUGGCCGUAAUUUGGCUAAGAACUGCUACCACCAUUGCAUACGGUGCACCCGCAUGAAGGGCCAGGUGACUGCUCCACUCAUGGGCAAUUUACCGCCAAACCGGGUUCUCCCUGAUAGUUUUCCGUUCCAGUCAGUCGGAGUUGACUAUGCGGGACCGAUUCUUUCUGCUAGCCGCCAAGGUCGCGGUUGCAGGUUGAUAAAGGUAUACAUUGCACUCUUUAUAUGCUUCGCCACAAAGGCUGUGCAUAUUGAGCUGGUGGGUGACUUAACCAGUAACAAUUAUUUAUCAGCACUGCGUCGAUUCAUUGGGCGUAGGGGUAAACCAAAAAAUAUUUACUCUGACAACGGUCUAUCAUUUGUUGGUGCGCAUAAUGAGUUGGCAAAGUUUUUAAAGAGUAAUUGUGACUCAUUGUCAUCAGCAGCAGCCAAUGAAGAGAUUGAAUUUCAUUUUAUCCCGUCGUAUUCACCACACUUCGGUGGCUUAUGGGAGGCAGGUGUUAAGUCAACAAAAUAUCAUUUGCAACGAGUGUUGGGAAAUUGUAAUCUUACUUUCGAGGAUCUUUAUACAGUACUUGUCCAAAUUGAGGCAAUCCUCAAUUCCCGACCACUUACACCUCUCUCGUCGGAACCUGAAGAUCUCAUGCCUCUCACGCCAGGACAUUUUAUCAUCGGCCGACCACUGACUUCUUUGCCAAGCCAAGACUACCAGGAUGUUUCAAAUAACCGUCUAACUCGAUUCCAGCAAAUUGAGAAACUUCGACAGCAUUUUUGGUGCAGGUGGAGCAAGGAAUAUGUCUCCGAGCUUCAAUUGAGAAGCAAAUGGCGUACUAAUACGGAUGCUCUGAAGAUGAACUCCUUAGUACUUCUUAAGGAGGACAAUUUACCACCAUUAAAAUGGAGGUUGGGUCGAGUAGUAGCUGUAUUCCCUGGCACUGAUGGUAUCAAGAGAGUGGCCGACAUCAAGACUUCUUCAGGAAUUGUAAGAAGAUCUUUUAGCAAGAUUUGUCCUCUUCCGGUAAUCAACACAUCUGGUUGAAAGGCAAGCUUUCAACGGCCGGGGGUAUGUUGAAGAUCACAAAAAUAUUUACUUAUCUACUUUAUAUUAAAAGCCUGAACCAAUUGUGUAUGCAAACCUUUAACACUUGUGAUUGCUUUAAGGUUUAUGUUAGGCGUUCAUAUAUGUGUCAAGGAAGGGCGUUUCCCUUUUUUUUAUUACAAGCUGAACUGUCAAGAAUCAACAUCGUUUUUCAU